AUGGCGGUCUCGUACGUGCUGUCUGGCCCCCUCUGCUUCCUUGCCGGCAUCCUCCCGCUGUCCUUCUCCCUUUCCUCCCGCCAACUGCGACUGGUCACUGCCCUUGGCACUGGGGUUCUGGUGGGCACCUCUAUGAUUGUGAUCAUACCCGAGGGAAUAGAAACGCUGUAUGAAGCAAGUGGGAGCAGUCACAGUCAUGCCGAGCGAUCAAUACGUGUCGCGACGCGAUCCUCAGUCCUCACGAAUCCAAUGCCUGGAGCGAUGGAGCACAACGUAUGGCGGCAAACUGCAACAGCCAUGCCAAAUGAUCUAGGAUUGGAUGGCGCUGGGUUGAACUGCAUGGUCAAGAGGCAGGACGACGGCCAAGAAAAUUCGGACCAUCUGGAAGAUUCGAAUGAGCAUGAGGCCAACGAGCACCACGACGAAGAAUACAACCCUCAUGCCUGGGUGGGCUUCUCUCUAAUCACGGGCUUCAUCCUGAUGUACCUGGUCGACACACUUCCCCGCCACGUCAGUGGCCCCUCUCAACCGCAACGGUUUCACAUCAGCUUGAACCAAUUCAGCCUGACUCGGUCUCGGACGUCUUCCGGUCCGGAGCCGCCAACAGACUCCAGCACGACACACCAUGGAUUGAGCGGACGUCCGUCGUCGACGACUGUAGGCCUGGUUAUCCAUGCUAUUGCCGACGGUAUAGCUCUCGGCGCGUCUUCUGCGACUACUAGCCGUCUGAGCUUCAUCAUCUUCUUCGCUCUGAUGAUCCAUAAGGCGCCAGCCGCUUUCGGCUUGACUUCUGUUCUACUAAAACAAGGGCUCAGCAAACGCGCCGCCAGAGCUCACCUGAUUGUGUUUUCUCUGGCGGCACCAGUUGGCGCUCUGCUUACGUGGGGCGCUGCGCAUAUUCUUGGCUACAGCUCGGCCGCACUUGGACGCAGUAUGAGUGCUGAGUUUGCGACUGGCGUUCUGUUGUUGUUCAGCGCCGGCACCUUUAUGUACGUGGCGAUGCAUACCAUGCAGGAAGGCUCACACAGCCGCGGGAGUGAGAAUGGUCAGAUCAAUGGCUACUCGUCUGUACCAAUGUCGGACAUGUCAGACAUGUACGCCUCGACAGCACCGACGGCAACCAAGACAGAUGCGGCGGGUCUUACAGACACGAUGGUUUGUGUUGCUGGCAUGCUUCUCCCGUUGCUGACGAAUGUUUUUGGGCAUGGACAUUGA